UUUUCGUGCCUUUCACAAGACCGAGCGGUGAGACUGUCCUAUCAUAACAUGAAGUGAGCUGACCGAGGAGCACACAGAGGAUUUCACGACCUCUUUAUCGGGAUAUUUAUGGAAGUGGGAGCCGGGCUUUUUUGGAUCUUCUGACCUUUCUAUGUUCACCACAAAAGAGUCAAAAGACUACGACGGAGGUACAAUGGGAGGCUGCAGUCAAUCGAGCACACCUGCUGGCAGGGAAACAAUGAGGGUCCUCGCGCAACUGUCUUCCUCCGGGCUGGUUACCUGUGCUCUGCUUCUCAUGUUAGCGCUGUUUGGGUCUUGUCACCCGGCCAGGACCUCAGAGCAUACCAGGCUGGUCUUCAUGGAGCAAAUGGACCGCCCAGCAGUCGGGUUUAACUGGAAAAAUGUCACUUGUCCCUUGUGCAAAGCUCUCUUCACCAUCCUUGAUAUCGCUCUUCUGAGCGAUGUCAAUGAGGAGCGUGUAGCACGAGCAGUAGGUGAGGCGUGCAUCCGCCUCCAUCUGGCUGAGGAGCAGGUGUGUCGACAGAUAACGGAGCUGUUCAGGGACGACUUCAUCCGGGCACUACAGGAAUCUCUGCUGUGGCCCUCUGAGGCAUGUGCCAUUCUGGUGGGCCCCUCCUGUGGGAAAUUUGACAUCUACGCACCCUGGAACAUCAGCCUGCCUAAAGUUCCUAAACCACCCGUUAAACCACCAAGUCCUCCCAAACCUGGUUCUCCAGAGAGCAGAGUGCUGUUUCUGACAGACAUCCACUGGGACAAGGAGUAUGAGGUUGGCAGCAGUGCAGACUGUAAGGACCCGCUGUGCUGCCGCAAAGACUCGGGCUCUCCCAGUUGGAGGCGGAGGGAAGCUGGAUACUGGGGAACCUACAGUAAGUGCGACCUGCCUCUACGGACGGUGGAGAACCUUCUGGAAAACGCAGCUAAAGCCGGGCCCUGGGACUGGGUGUACUGGACUGGAGACAUACCGGCACACAAUGUGUGGUCUCAGACACGCAAACAGCAGCUUUCAGAGCUCACAACCAUCUCCAGGCUCAUCCACAAACAUCUUGGACCUAAUUUGAUGGUUUACCCGGCCAUAGGAAACCAUGAGAGUACGCCAGUGAACAGUUUUCCACCACCGUUUGUUAGGGGCAACAGAUCCAGCUCCUGGCUCUAUGAUACAAUGGUAGAGGAAUGGGCACCCUGGUUACCAGAGCAAGCUUUGCAAACUUUGAGGUAUGGUGGAUUCUACACGGUAGAGAUUCAGCCCGGUUUGAGGGUAGUCUCCCUCAACAUGAACUUUUGUGCUCGAGAAAACUUCUGGCUUAUGGUGAACUCCACAGAUCCUGCUAACCAGCUGCAGUGGCUCGUUCAUACCCUUCAGGCCAGCGAGGAUAAGGGAGAGAAGGUGCAUAUCAUUGGUCACAUCCCACCUGGACUGUGUCUUGGCAGCUGGAGCUGGAACUACUAUCACAUAGUUAAUAGGUAUGAAGGUACAAUUUCUGGACAGUUCUUUGGCCAUACACACCUGGAUGAGUUCCAGAUGUUCUAUGAUGAGGCCACCAUGUCCCGCCCACUAAGUGUGGCAUUCAUAGCUCCCAGUGUCACUACUUACGUCAAUCUAAAUCCAGGUUACCGUGUUUACUACAUGGAUGGGAACUACCAGGGCAGCUCUCGGCUUGUGCUCGACCAUGAAACGUACAUCCUGAACCUCACAGAGGCAAACCACAGUCCAGAUGAACAAGGAGGCCCAGAACAGAACCCCAAAUGGACCCUGCUGUACCGAGCCACAGAGGCUUACGGUCUGACCACUCUGUUCCCAUCCGACUGUGAUGGCCUCAUGAAGACAUUCCUCAAAGAUGACAAGGUCUUUCAAAAGUUCUGGUACUUGAGACAUAAAGGACACGUGUCUACACCCUGCAAGGAGACGUGCAAAACCACAACACUGUGCUUCCUGCGGAGCGGGCGCUACGAUGAACUUGAGCAGUGUGACCUCUUCAAUGGUUUUAAGGGACAAUUAGUCCGGGCUGCCAGAAAAACUCUUUGUUGACCUGGGAGAAGUUUGGACUGAAUGUCAGGGUGAGGACGGAGAAAUCUGACCAAAAAUGAAAUUGAGCCAAAAAAGUUCUGUAGAUGAUUGGUCUUUAAGGGUAACUGUGUCUGAUUUAUAACAUAAAGUCACUUUAUCGAACCUCACAUUGAGUCCAAAGAGUUGCCUUUUAUCAGUCAUGUCUUUACAUAAACAGUGUGACUUGCAACCUGCCCAGUUUUUCAUCUGCUGUUUUGCAAUGCCACUGGUGUAAAGAUGGCUUGUUGUUGUUCUCAAGGGUGUUUUGUUUACUUGAAAAGCAAAUAUGUGCUAGGUGGCUUGUUCAAAACUAUGAUUUUGUCAAUUCUACUGUUUUGGGUGCCUUUUAUCAGUAAGAGUAGUGUCACCAAUCCAGCAACUAUUCUGCAGAUCAGCUUUCAGCUAGUUUUGUUUGUUUAUUCAGAUUCUCCUUGUUCUUAGGGAAGAUUAGGAUGGGCUUCUUUAUAUUAGGAGAAGUUUGAAUUCAAACUGAAGAUCUUGCACAAAUUAAAGUGUUAAUGUUCUCUGGGAUUUGGUGGUUGGACAUUUGUAUAGUAGGCAUUAUCUGUAGUUGAGACUUAUGGAUAGGGUUACCACAUACAGUGUCUUGGGUCUUUAAUUUUGACUGUCCAUUUUAUUUUAGUCACUUUGUUAGGCAUCUAUGUCGAUUCACAGCACCAUCUGCCUCAGCAAAAAGGUCCUCAGACCUUUAGAAACAGUAACGCUCACCGAGUUUUACUUCUGUCUGCACUUUAAUUUAUGUCUGUCUGCUCAUUGAUGCAAAGAAGUUUGUAGAGAACAAGUUUGGUUAGCUCUGCCUGUGACAAGCUCUGGAGGUGUCUCACUGCUCUGUAUGGGAUACCCGAGGUGUGAAAUAAGCAUGAUGAGAAAUGCAACUUGUAAAAAUGGGUGACAAUGUAACGUGAUUGUAUAAUAAUGUGAAUAAAAGAUUAAAUAUG